AAAUUCAUCAUGAACUAGGCAAAGAAAUUCCAUCCCCUAGAUUCUAGAAGUUAAAUCUUGUCUAGAUCUAUCUAGACUAGGUCUAGAUUUAGAUUCUAGAUCUAGAUUCUAGACUUAGUUAAUAGUUAUGCCUACUGAGUUACUGUAUUUAAUAUCAUAGGGCCUAACACAGAUUACUUUUAUUUAAAGUUACUUCCCUUAGUAGGAAGCUUCAAGAAAAGUCUCGGUAGCCAACACUGAAUCCGGAAGCUUCCCGGUCCGAUAUUUCCAGAAUAAAGUUUUCCUCUAUAUUAGAACCCAAGAAUGUCAGAUCGGCAAUUUUAUCCGAUGCAAUAUAACCAUACACAGGCAAGAAACGAUCCACUACCACCAGGCUGGGAAAUGAGAUACGAUAAUAACUCAGGUUGGCCCUACUUCAUAGACCACAAUACGAAGAAUACUACUUGGCAAGAUCCGCGAAUUUCGAUGAUGGGACCACUUCAUUACCCAUAUGCUGGCAGAUUCGCUCCUGAAGGCAGAACUGUUGAAAUACCAGUUCAUUACGAACCUGGACCUGAACCACCACGAACUUCCCAACCAGAACAACAGCAAUAUCAUCACACAGGCAACCAUAACUUAAACUACCCAUACCCCACUCAAUAUGGUGGUUCCUCGCAGAACAGUAAUCAACCCAAAAAGCGUGGUGAUGUUUGGGAGAUUCCUAUUCAGCAUGUUGGCUCAAGCAAUACUCCAUCAUCAGCUCGUCCACAACAACAACAACAUCAGCAGCCUACGCAGCUGCCUAUGUAUCAGCAGUACCAACAACAGCCUAAUCAGCCCAGUGCUCCCAGUCAACAACAGAUGGGACAACAACCGAUCAAUAUCCCAAUCAUUCAUGAAGUAAACAGGGGACCCAGUCCAAGCAGAGGCAGCCCACAUCCAGAUUUCUCACAGGCUAUUCCUCUCUCAGCACAAAUGCCUCAACAGCGCUCACAAGAACCUAAACCAGAUUAUGAAUCUCCACCUCGGCCCUCUGCUCACUCACAACCACAGCAACAGUCGGCUACUUCAACACAACCUGAUUCUGAUGUCACCCCACAGCAGCCUCCAAAAAGCCAAGAGGAAAGAGCUUUUGAGAUAAUUAACGGUGUAAUGAGUGCAGUCAAGUCGCUAGAGGGGGAGGUAAAUUCUUUUCAAGGCGUUAAAAAAGACAAACAGUAUCGAUACAUAGAAGAAAUGCUGACCAGGAAUCUCCUCAAACUGGACUCUGUUGAUGCCGGAGACCUGGAGAAUGUCAGGCAAGCAAGACGGCAAGCUGUUAGAUACAUUGAGGCUGCCAUUGAUUUAUUAGAACUAAAAGCUGUGGCUGCCGAGACCCACAAUCCGCAGGAGACUGCGGACAAUCAAAGCUCCAGCAGUGCAGAUGCUAACAAUUCAUCCAUAGCAGGACAAUCACAAGAUCAAAUACCCUUUGAAAGAGAUUCAAGUUCUGUCAGGGAAAUGCAGUUGGACAGUGAAGUAGCAUGUUAGUCCACUAUCUGUGAUACUUAAGCUUUUUUUUUUUUUUUGGUGUUAAACUGUAAUCUAAAAGAAAGUUAAUAAUCAUAAACUUUUUGUCUGAAACUUCAUGUCUUCAUUUUAUUAUUAUAAAGCAGUCACUGCUACUAAGGUUAACAAACAAUCCUACAAGCUAAUUUUUAAUACCCUUUCUCAGUGUUUGACUAUUUAUACUUAGUCUAGAUAAAGUAAAAAGUUUACAAUCCUUGACACUCCACCUCAUACUAUAAUAACCCUUCAAAGUGUAAUAUCUGAUACUGUUCCUUUGUCUUAUAAGCUUGCAUUUUUAACAUAAAUCAUGGUUUCUUCUUCAUAUAACAGUCUGCUCUGGCCAUGAUCUGUUUUAAUACUAUUAUUUAUUAUUGUAAAAAAAAAACUUAUUUCAAACUCUGAUAUUGUAAAUGUGGAAUAUUAAAAUUCUGCACUAAUGAGCUGAAAAUGAUUGCUUUUGUUGUUUCAAAAUUUCUUAAGGUUCAGAGUAACAUUUGGUUACAGCUAUUAGUUACACAUGUUAUGAACUUGUUAAAAAAAAGUUGUUCCUGUUAAAAUUUGGUCUUCAAAUUGGUCUUCUUGUUACAUGUUGCAUUAUUGGUCUUGUGUAUUUGUUAAUUUAGACUUCAAGUGUCAUUUUUUUUUUAUCGCACCUCAACAUUUUGUGGUGCUGUCCUCAGAAAAAAAAAUAUAAACACAAUAUGAAUGACUAUAUUUUUUACCGGCAUACGUGUAUUGAUAUUGUUAAGUUAAAUAAAGUUUAACAGUUUUUGAAUAUUAAAAUAUUUAUCAUAGGACUGAGUCUAAAAAUAUGAUGUUUUAUUAUUUUAUUAAUAAUAUUAAAAUAUAUGUGCACAACUAUAAAGCAUUACCCUGGGCCAUGGUUAUGAAUUUAUUGGGAGAGGGGCUGCAAAUAUAACAGUAGUUAAAAAACUGAACAAAUUUCCUGGAUGGGUUCUUUCCACUGAAAUAGCUUUAACUAAAUAUGUUGCAUAUUUACUGUGCAGUUCUGUGUAUAUAAUAGUUGUAGUUCUAGAGAGGAUGUGUUAAAAUUGUUGCUAGUCAUUAUGAGGGUUGCUUGGGGGGCUCUUGCUCCAGGUAAGUGUAUCUUAAAGGUUAUGACUGAUGCAUGGAUUAUUUUUUUAGUUGCUUGUUUUAUAAAAGCUUUUUUUUUAACUUGCUAUUCUAUAAUUGAAUGAUAGUUGAUACUAUGAUAGUAUAACUUAAUUAGAAGUGCCAAAUUUUUAUAAAUACUUUCAACAGCAUAAUUUUCAUUAUACCGGUACUAUGUUCAUUUUUUUGGGUUCUUUAUUUUUACAGAAAAGUUCAGUAUUUUAUUACCACUUCCAUGAUGGUAUUCUUGAUUAUACUGGUCAUUCUUUUACUUGGGUCAACUUGAAUGUAGGCUGUUGUAUCAUAAGUUAAGAAUGAACACAUUUGGUAAUAGGACAUUUCUCUGUUUCAAAUAAACCUCAACAAAAUUGAAAAUUUUCAAUAAGGUCUAUUUUUUACUCAUGAUAAAUCAAGAUAAAGUGUGUACAAAAUGUGUGAGCUUGGUUGUGAUACAAAUCUGUAAGAAAAAAACUGCAAUAAUUUAUUCUGCUUAUUUUUUGGGUGCUGUACAGUUUUUUUUUUUUAUAGUAAAAUGAGAACUAAUUUAUGUGUGUUACUUUUGUAAUUAACACAAGUAGUGUAUACAUAUUGUAACAUCUCAUGUUCUAAUAAAUUUCUUUGACAUACUUUGUUUUGUU